AUGUCACCCAAGAGUGAGAAAGAGCAGAAUGGAGCAUUGCCUGACAGUUCUCUCAACUUCCCUCAUAGGCUCAUGAAUAGGCAGCAGUCACUUGUGGCUGAUGGUCCUCUGGUAGACCUGGUAAUGGAUGUGAACUCACAAAAGGCUGCCAGGCCAGUCACAGAGACACUGCCAAGAACUGGCCCCAGAUUCUCCUUUGCCCUCAAUGUUGGGGAAAAAGGCAGAACAGCACUCCAGAUAUCCAGAUGGAAUGAUGGUGGGUAUUGCAGUAAUUAUCAUGCAGUAGACGAUGAAGAAAAUAUCAAAGUAAUUGAUUUAUGCAUCUCCAGCAUCAUGAAAUUUCCUCCUUGGGAUACCUUGAACAAAAGAGAAAGUUCUGAAGACACUUUCAUUGCACAGAUUCGUUACCACAGGACCUUUCAGGCUGUUUGUGAGGUCAUCAGGACCCUGAUGGAGUGGCACAUGGAUCCAGAAAUGCUGAAUGUCAUACUGGAGGCCUUGAAGAACUGGCUUACAUCUCCCCAAAUCUAUGAACGGGAGAGGGCAACCCGAGCAAUAGCCCAUGUGCUCCAGAUCUAUAGAAGUCAAGUCCCGGCUGAGAAGCAGGAAUCAGUUGAACAUGUGGGAAGAUGGACUGGUCGGUUGCUUCCCCGCUGUGUGGAGAAGCAAGCUGCCCUUCGCCAUUGGGGCAAGGUUGCAGUCACUUGUCUGCUCAAUCUGCAGUUGCAACAGAAGAUAGAGAUCACCACCACUGAAUUAAUUCAAAUCCUGGAUGACGAGGAGCAAUGUGUCCCUGCUGUCGUCAUUUCCAGAACUGCCAUGCUUGUUAUAGACCAUCUGCCCUCCAUAGAACUGGCACCAUUUCUCCACACCACUUUGAAUGGGAUGCUUCAGGAAGUAAACUGGUCUGAGGCUGUACAAGAUAUACUGGGCAUGGUGCUAGAACACAGAGCUGCUGAACUUCAUGGCAGGGUAGAAAUACUCAUCUGCUCCAUGUAUGACAUCCUGGACAGCAGUGAUAAGAUGGCAGUGAAGAAGACAGUGAUGGGUGUCAUUGGUGCACUGGCUGCUGUGGGACCAAACAAAAUGGUUGCCACACUUCUGACAUUCCCAUGGCUUGUUCUAAGGGAGAUCAGCAUGAUAUGGAAGUCACUCAUUGCUGACCAGAUGGUCUUUCCAAAAGUGUUGUGUGCCCUUCUCAGCAACAUUCCUAAGAAAGAGGGAAACCUUCCUGAUGUUGUAGGUUACAUAGCCACCCACCGUAUAUACUGGUGCUUACGCCUUGUGGUUGCAUAG